CUGUCUCCUCCGGGUCCGUUUUUAACGCCCAGUCCGUCGCCAUCAAUAUCAGCUAGUCCACGUUUGCAACCGUCACCCUCUCUGUCACCAUUUCCGCAGGAUGUGUUACUCGUAGCUGGUAAUACAAUCACAAACGCCACACACGAUCAGGACCGUAAAGCUGCCACACCGGGACGUAGACAAUCGUUACAUCAAUUCACUAAUGGCAGUCCGAACGCCGGUACUGUUGUAUUCCAACCAAGUCCAUCGCAGUCACCAGCGGCAGCAACCAGUGUUAUCGGUGUGACAGCCGGAGUGGGCGGUGCGGCGAUAGCGGCAAGCACACCUGCCGCCGGUAAUGAGUUCAACACAACACUUGUUGGAUCCAAUAAUAUACAAUUAAAUAAGAAGGGCAAUAAGCGCAACACUCAGCAACAACAACAGCAACAAAAUCAACUUGCUCAACAACAUCACCAAAUAUUCAGCAGUGCUGUUGCACCGUCAACUUGUCACACUGCGUCCUCGAUCUCUAAUACUGUAGCCGGCGGCUAUGGGCAACCACAUGCAGCAGCGAUCAACACGUCGAGUUCGUUUGCGGCAGCAAAUGUGGCUGGUUGCCCAAAAGGUCAAGCGAAAAAAGCCGCCGCAACAGUACUACCGACGUCGACGUCGUUGAGUCACCAACAACAGCAACAGCAGCAGCAGCAGCAACAACAGUUCCAACACUAUCACAGCAGUAGUCCGCUGAUAGCUGACAGUCCAAUACCGAGUCCUAGCAAUACAAUUACCGCCGCCACAAUUAAACCGUCAACACCACAACCAAUGCAAAUGUUGCAGCAACAAUUUACGAUAACAGGCAGUGCGCCGCAUCAAGCGAAUCAAGCGCAGCACACUCAACAGGUCUUUCAAAUCAUCCAGGGGCCGCAGGGGCAAAUUGUUGCGGCACCGGCUGGGCAGCAACAUUCCCUGCAGCAACGUCUAAUAGGCAGCACCGCAACAGUUCAAACACAUCUGGCGCCUACGUCGUACAGUAGUCUUAACAGUACAACAACGAAUACAACAACAAAGUCAACUAAACCGCCGCAACAAAUACUGCCAAAGCCACAACACCAGUCCUGCAACGAUGCCAGUCAACAGCAACAAUCGCUGCAGCAACAUCAGAAAACUAAAGUCGGUGGUGGAAAUGCGGCAACCGCCACUGUACACAGCAACACUAGUAAUAUGGCGCAAAUGCCACAGAUCUCGCAAUCACCGCAGCCGCAACAGGCACAGAUCAGUGUCUCGGCUGCGCCCACCUCAGGUGCCGCCGCGCAACAACAACAAAUACUUCUGCCAACAGGCGCCACAGCCAGUUUAACAACGCAACAACCUUUGUUGCUCAAUCAAAUGCCAGUUCUGGUGCAACAGAAUACGCCACAAAGCGUGCAGCUAAUACUGCGGCCACCUACGCCCCAGCUAACGGCGACACCAUCAUUGGUGAUCCAAAAUGCGCGUCCACAAGCGCAACUGCAACAACAACAGCCACAACAAUUGCUGCGUAUACUGGGCACAAAUGGUGCAACCAUGCAACUGGCCGCCGCCACUCCCACCUUUAUAGUAUCUUCACAGGCUAACCUCAUACAACAGACUGCAAAUCAUAUACAAACAAUUAAAACGAACCCCCAAAAUUCGGCCAUAACGCAGCUGACUGGCUUGCACGCUGCACUUUCGGCGUCAAAUCAGCAACGAUCUCAUCAGCCGUUCACCACAACGGCAACCAUAAACACCAGUCACUUGCUAGGGCCGAGCGUGGCCGCACAGCUGCAAAAUCUGCAUUUGGCUGCCGCGGCGGCAAACGGUGGCAGCAUUACACAAAUUCAAAUGCCUAACGGGCCAUCGCCAGCAACGGCAACAAUACUCUCACAGUUACCGGCGCAGUUUCAGCAAAGCCUGAACAAUGCCGCAACUGGUGGCGGGUCACUCAUCAACUUAAAUCAAUUAAGUGGAGCGAAUAUUCAGCAGUUGGCAGCGGCAGCUGCGGCAGCGGGCGCGACUUUUCAAACUCCACCACCACCGCCCACAAGUUCCAGCGCAAAUGUAGAUCUUUACAAUGCUCAGCACACGACGCUACCUAGUUUGACGCAUACGUCUCAAGCAUCGGAACCAAUGCGUCAACCUACACCCACGUUGUUGCAGAAUGCGGGCGGUGCCACUGUAACCAUAAAUCAACAGCAACUAACCAAUGGGCACCAGGCAACUUCCUUAAUGAGCGCUGGAGCUGCUAACAGUGGUGCAUCAAAUGCCACAAUACAAAUCCAGCAACAGCAGCAGUCCGCACAGUCACAGCCUGAACCGAAAAAGAAAGCAAAGCCCCGAAAAAAGAAACAACCCACUGCCAGCAUAGCGGCAUCAUCAGCUGCGGCUUCGGUGCAGUCGCCUGCAAUAACGACAACGGCACCUUCACCCUCGCCUACGUCGCAAACAAAAAAUGCCCCAAAUGCUGUAUCCUCUAGUGCGCCCAACCCAAUAACCCACAAAUUCAACACACCCAUCAGCAUGAGUAACACCACAGGCGCUAUGCCACAGCUCCAAUUCUCGCAAUCGUCUCCUCAAAACGUAAAAUUGGCAUUUACAAAUAGCAGCAGCGGCCACAGUGCACAGAGUCAAACAAAUCAGCCGCAGCAACAACAGGAGCAAGCACGCCCAAAACUUGAUCUCGGCAAUGUUAUGAAGUUAUGCGGCAUAAUGGAGGAUGAUGAUGAUGAUGAUUACAUGGACGCCAUGUCAACACAUGAUGAGAACGCUUCCACUCCAGCGUCUAACGUACCACAUCCGCCGCCACAACAAUCACAGGCAGCGCCAACAUCAUCACUCUCUUCCACAACUGGGCCGGCACCACCAAACGCUAAUGAUAUAAUGAUCUCUAUACCCAAUCAAAACGGCUCCGAUUCCAUGCCCUUUACUGUCACAAUACCCGCGGCAGCAGCAUUGAGUGCUGCAGCGACGUCCAACAAUAGUGGUAAUGAUACGACUGAACCUCACAAUAUCUUUAUCAAAAUCGACCAAAAUGACACAGCUUCUACGCCCUACACGAUCUCCAUACCACGUCUGCCGACUGCUGAGGAAAUACAACAGCAGGCGCAACAGCAUUUGGCACAGCAAGCUGCGGCUGCAGCAGCAGCAGCAGCCGCCGCCGCAGCGGCAGCACAACAAUCCAAUAAUAAGACAGCGCCACCCACAAUGAGUUUCAGCAUGCCCACAGGCAAUGGUUCACAAUUGCAGUCCAUGCAGCAGUCCCAAUCGCAGCCGCAGUCGCAGCUGUUUAACAUAACAGCCGGUGGCAACUCUCUGCAACUGUCCACUUCCAAUAGUAAUCCCACAAUAGCCAUCACUACACCCGCAACCACAACAACCACAACCACGACAGCAACAGUGAAACCAAGACGCAAGCCAGCAGUGCGUCGCAAUGGCAAAAAGCAGGAUAAUAUUACACCUGCCGCGGCACCUGCAAACACUGCAAGCAGCGCAGCACCGACCUCAAUUACUACAACCACAACGACUACGAACAGUGUGUCGGUGAUGCCUUCCUUGACAACCACAAUUACACCUGCCAUAUCAACGGCAUCAGCUGCGUCACUCACAACACCGGUUCAAAUGCAGCAGCAAAGCGCUUUAGGUACACCACUCACACCGGCGCCGUCAACCCUAUCGGCACAAUCUGCUGCGCCUACAUUAACCGCAACGGUGGCGGGUGCACCGCAAGUUCCUAGCCAAAUUGGCAAUAUACAAAUAUCGCAAGUAGAUGGAACGAAAAUGCUACCAAAUCAUAAUGGAGGUGGCACCGUAGAGAACAAAAUACAAAUUAUGCCAAUUUUGGAUGGUAUGGCUGCUUCGGGCGGAGGGCCCCAUAUUAAGAUAACAACUCAGCCGCCGGCUUCGCCAUACCAAACGCAGUCGCAUCAGCAACAACAACAACAACAACAGCCACAGCAUCAUCAUCAACAGCAGCCACAAAUUUUAUUUCAACCACCUCAUUCUCAGGCAAACGUACAAACACACGAAGCUCCCGCCGUUACUAUAAAACCAACUUCGGACGGCCGUCAAGUGCAACUAGUAGCCAUACCACAAACGUCAGGUCCCACCGCGGUGGCGGCUUCAUCGAAUCAAACACCAACAGUACAACAACAACCCACCAACUCAAUGGCUCCCAACAACAGCAGCAACAGCAGUGGUAACAAUAAUAAUGGCAUGCCAGCGUCGACAACUGCCACUAUACUAUCACCACAGCUGACCGGUAUGCCCAGCAGCGUAUCAAUAUCGGUAGGCUCGCCAGCAUCAGCAGCUGCUCUUAUUCCACAACUUACAGGCAAUCUGACCUUGGCCGUUUCUGAGCACUGUGAGCGUCUGAUAUUGCGGCAUGACCCCAAUCAGCCGCCGGACAAACAAUCGCAGAUAAUUCUGCAUGCUCUACUUAAAGGUGCUUUGCCAAAUUUGGCAAUAAUCAAUGAGCCAACCAAAUUGGAUACCAGUAAUAAUAGCAAUAACGGUAUCAGCAGUCAACUUAACAGCCGAACGAAUUUGGGUGCUUUGAGUGCAACAGCACCACAACUGCUGCCACCGGCUUCAGUGAACAGUGCUUUACAAUCGCAGCAAGCUAAAUCUGUUAUUGGGUCUAGCACGGGCGCUAUAGGUAAACUCACGCUGCCAUCGCAUGUAGCGGCGGCCAUAGCAACAAAAACGUCUACAAUACAGUUGCAAUUCAAUUCCGCGCAAUCAGCCGCGUCAAGCGGCGCAUCUGCAUCUGCAGGGACAAUGGGCUCAACCCUACAGUUGCAAUUGCCGCAGCAGUCACCACAGCAGCUGAUGGCGCAACAACAGACGCAGCAACAAAAAGCCCUACAACAGCAACAACAACAACAAGUCGCAGCCAAUUCGGCAAGAACGCCGGAAAUUGCACAGCAGCAGCAACAACAACAACAAAUGCAGCAUCAGCAGCAACACCCAAUGCUGCCACAGGUGAACCAAGCGCCGCCACCGCCGCAAAUCAACGCGCUACUUGGUGCUGCCCCAUUGACCGCGCAAAGCCAACAACGUUACGUAUCUUUGCCGAAAAUAAAUGCAUCAUCACAGCAAAUAUUUUCUCUGAACAGCGAAACGAAUCAUAUCACUCCCAUUAGUCCAACCCAGACUGCCGCAUCGAUUGGCCCCACCGAACGUUUGCUUAUUGCGCCAGCCGGCAUCAAUGCUCAGCAAUUAGCACAAUGUCUGCAGCUGGGUCAAAUACAUUUCAACGAUGUAAAUCCGUUGCCACCAAGCACGCAGCCGCAACCCACCCUAAUGGGCAUGAAUCCGACGCUGAGCACCAACCAGCAUGCAGCGCAGCAACAGCAGCCACAAUUGCAACAGCAGCAACGCUUACAGCCACCGCAGCAACAAAUUGUGCACCCGCAGCCCAUCCAGCCACUAAGUAGUGCAGCCAGCGGCGUUAACAACAACUGCGCUAGUGCCGUACCGAACGUCAUAACUAAGCAGGUGGCCAAUGUGGCACCUAUUAUUGAUCAGAGUAAAGCUAAGUUGGAGCCGGCGAAAGUUGCAGCGCCAACUGGCGCAGUUCCCAAAAAGAAGCCAGUGCGUAAACCGAAGGCUACAACAACAGCUGCCGAUGUGGCUAGCGGCACAGCAGGCAUAAAGAAUGCGAGCGUCGUCAAGCCGAUGCCCAAAUUGGAUCCACUGUCACAGAAGCUGAACAAUAGUCCUGUGCUGGCUGUGCAGCCGAAUGUUGCUAGUGGCAAGCAAGUUGGUGCUGCGAGUGCGGCUAGCAGCCUAACAACAACAACAACUAAUAAUAGCAAACAACCAUUUCAACAACCGAACAAGUUGGUGGCCGUAACGGCACCCUUGCAACUACAGCAACAGCUGCAGCCACAGCAACAAUCGCAGUCAACGAGCAGCGCGCCUAUGAUGCAGCAGUCGCCAAAUAUGCGCAGCAUUGUUAGCAGCGCGAAUAUUACAGGCAGCUCAAUUACAACAACCAGCAGCAGCAGUCUCAUCAGUCCCACCACCACCAACAGCAGCAUGGCAUUGACGUCUUCGUCAACACUUGUGGUGCCCAGUUUUAGCAGCAACAAUGAGCCACCCUCCCUUUCGGCGCUAAAUCCAGCGAGCAACGUGAACGCUUCACAACAGCAGCCGCAUCCAUCGCCGCAAGCACAACACCAACAACAGCAGCCUCAUCAGCAGCACACCGUGUCACGUGUACAAACAAUUCAACUGACCGCACAGCAGCAGCAAAUGUUCAAACAGGUGCAAAUGCAAAUCCAGUUUUUGACUAUUAAGUUGCAACAUAAAUCAUUGCUGGCGUCGCUGCCACUGCCGCCAGAUUUUGAUCCGGCCGCCAUAACCGCCUAUACCAAACCAAUGAGUGAUGCCGAGAUAAAUAUGGCCUUGCAGCGUCUUUACACGGAGCAGCAGCGCAUCUUGGCCGCCGGCAAGGAGAUGCCUACACCGGAGGCCUAUCUGCAAAUGCCGCCAAUAGGUCAUGGCGCUGGCAUUACGCUGAUGUCGCAGCCGCCACCGAUACAACAGCACCAACAACAGGUGGGCAUUGGCAAAGUGAAUGCCUCUGGCAUACCGGCGAAUAUCGUACAGCCUAAUAAUCACUCAUCUAACAUGUCGAUUACGGCAACAUCUAUGGGUGGUGCAAUGGCUGGUCAGCAGACGCAGACGCAAACACAAGCACAGGCACAGGCAGGAGUUACGCAUCGCAUACAUAUAUAUCCCAUGCAGCAUCAUCAAACAGUUCAACAAAAUAAACAGCAGCAGCAGCAACAACAACAGCAGUCCAAAUCGCUGCAAACAGCAGCAGCAUCACGUGGCAAAGACAGCGCCAACGCUAGCGGAAAAGGAAAAACUCCAACAUCCACCCAACUACAAAUGGCGCAGAGUUCCAACAGCACGCUGAUGCCAUUAAGCGCGCAAAAGCAGCAGCCAACACUAGUGCCAACAACCAAAGCGCCAGCAUUGCACUACCAGCAGCAGCAACAACAACAAUUCAUGCUACAAAAGCCGUCAUUAGUAAGCAGCAGCAGCAGCAGCAGCAGUAGUACAAACCUCAUGAAUGGACCACCGCCAUUAGUGUUCUCUAGCCCCUUAAUUGCGGCGGCAGCAGCCUCCACAAGCGCGAGCAGCACGUCUUCGGCUACACUUUUUACACCCAGCGCGAAUUGUUUCGUACAACAGCAGCACCAACAGACACUUCAGCAGUUGCAUACGUAUUCCCAAGCGCCUGUUAGCAGCCUGUCUACGAUUACGCCCAGCGCUUCACCACUCAACUCAGUUGCAACGCUAAGCACCGCCAACAGCGCCAUGACAAUUGUAACAGCGGCAACAGCAUCAACAUCUAAUGCUAGCAGCGUUGCUUGUACGAGCGUGUCUGCUGACGCAAUGGCAAUGACAACAGUCGCCAGUACAACAGCUGCACCAACCUUAGGAACAGCGGUUGCGGCAGUCGCAAGUACGACAACACCAGAUACGCAAGCCAAAUUGCAAAUACAGGGAAGUAAUGCAUCGUACGCAUUUAGCUCCAGCACAGCCAGCCCCAUCACCACCACGGCUACUCUAAUGUCAUCCACUUCUGUGGGCACUCAUCUCAUCAAAUCCGAAGAGAGUUUGUCACCCCAGCCGAAACUUGCACGUCUUUCUUUGUUUUUGCGUCAACUGGAAUUGGAUCAGCACGCGUGCUUGAAACCGGACUAUCUCAACCCAUUUCAGGAUAAAGAGGAGGCUGUUAAGCGGCUAAUAAGAUAUCAUUGCAUGUACGAAAGUGUUGAGGAUUUACCAUUUGAAGAUGAAGAGCGCUUUGAGCAGACGGCGGUACAUUGUCAGGAAAAAUACCACAAAAUUUCAACCAAAUACCAAAAGAUAUUGAUGCAGGAGUCAACGCUGGCACAUCGCACAUCGGAAACCUGUCAGAUUCAGCAACUGAUGAUUGAUGAUCUAAGGACUGAAAUUGAGCACCUGCGUAAUGGUGGACGGGAGCAAGCAUUGUGCGAACAGCAGCAACAGCAACAACAAGAUCUGAAUGAAGGCGAGCACGUCGAACAAAAGGUGGAACUUUUGCCGCCAACUGUAAUGGAAGAAACAAAGCUGGAGUUAAAAGCUGUAAUAGAUGAGCCGGAGAUGGGCACAAGUAAAACUCUCUUAGACAACGAUGCCACGCUCAACACAUGUGAGAUUAAGAUGGAACAAAGCGACAAUACUAUUAGCAAUACUAAUUUUAUUUGCAACACAGACAAAACAGUAGCACCGCCAUCACCAGUUGUUGACAAAUUCGAUUUGUUGAAGCAUAGCACAAGCAAUAGCACACCAAACACUAGCUGUAACAAGCAGCAGCGUAUAGCGACGAGCCAACAAGCUCAGCAGCAGCAGAAGUCACAAAACGAGAUGUCGUCAAAGAAAGAAGAAAAAGCUAGUUGGCAUAGCGCAGCUACUGCGGGAGCAACAUCAUAUACGAAUUUAAAUUCCGAUUCUCUUGAGACGGACGCUGGCAAAAGCAAACUCGCUGCGUCCAAUUUCUACACCACUUGCAACAAGCACCUGAACGGUAUAACUAAACGGGAUGGUGCGCAGUUACCAGCUACGAGUUCCUAUGUCAAGAAGGAGUUUGAGAAUUUCGAUAUUGAAUCUGAAAUAACACCGAGUUUUAUUAUGAAAAAGGUGGAGCAUAAAGAAGUGCUGCCAUCGACACAGCCGUCGCCAGUGAAUAGCGGCAAAACGCAUAACAAACACCUCAGAGAAAAGAGUGAACGCAGCAAGGCACACGAACAGCAGCCGCAAUCACAACAGCAGCAGCAGCAGCAGCAGCAAAAGGCACCAACAAGUGCACCAGCAAGCAAUAGUUUUGUUGCACAAUAUCUGCAACACAACUCGAAGCAGCAACAGUUGCAGCACCAACAGCAGUUAAAACAGCAGCAACAAGAAGACGAUUGGUUAUGCUUACAGAAAGAGUUAAAUCUGAUACAUACAGAAAAUAAAAUGUCCUUACAGCAACAACAACAGAUAAAUAAUCUGCAGCAGCAACAGCAGUCACAGGCAACGAAAUCGCUUAAUCCCUUCGAGAGCUCACCUAGCAAUGAUAGUGGCAGUAGUAUGGGCACCGUUAGCAGCGCACAGUCCGGACAAUUAAUAGACCUCUUUCCGAAUGGUUGCAUUAGUAAAAACAACCAAUCAAGCCCCAGCAGCAAUGACUCUACUCAGCAUCAGCAGCAGCAGCAGCAACACCAAAACUGCGAUCAAGAGUUGCAGCUUAGUGGCGACCAGCAGCAACAUAACAAUCAUCCAAACCAUCAACAACAAGAGCAAAGCACACACAAUCACAUGCAGUCAACACUCAAUGAGUUCUUCGACUCCGGUGACGAUAUGGCAGAUGUGCACAAAUCUGUGGAGACGCGUCUUGAAGCUAUGUUUGGCGAGUCACCUGUUCAUCUGAGUAAAAGUGGGGGUAGUGAUACGCAUGAUAUUGAAGCGGGGUUGGAUGAUAUUUUCGGCGAUGGCAAAUCGAACGAUAAUAACGUUGAUACAAAAUCGAAACAAGAACAACACCUGCAACAGCAACAACGUCUAUGGGAUAGCGAACUUACGGCAGCGAACACUUUUAUGCGUGUCGCAAACACACAGGAGAGUGUGCUGUUUGAAAAUGAGCAACAACAAAUGCAGCUCAAUCAACAGCACUUGCAACAAAGCUUACAAUUAAACAUUACCAACAAUUCGACACGUUGGAUUCAACACAUCGAUGCACCCUUUAGUGAGUUCAUUGGUAAUGCUGGCGGCGAUUGUGGUGAAACGCGUAAAAGGCGUUGGAAUGCUGAAUUGAUGUCGCCUGAAGCGGAUGAUACGCUCGAUGGCGCGAAGAAGAUAUGUACCAUGUCCGGUUCGUCGAGUUCAUCGUCACCAAUAUCAGCGCAACAACAACAACAGCAGCAACAGCAGCAUCAACAAUCGCAACACCAUCACGAAAGUAUUAUAGAGGCCGAUCUACUCUCAUUGCAUGAUGGGAUACGUGUGGAGCCGGCCGCUACACAAAUGCUACAAAUGUCAGCACAGCAACAGGCCGUCUUCUGCCAAACGCAGCAGCAAUUUAGUACUUUGUUGGAUGGUGUCGACCACCAUCAACAGCAUUUUGGCAGCGCACAACAUCAGCAGCAACAGCAACAACUACUGCAACAAAACAUGCAGCAACAAAAUCUCCACCAUCACCCACUGCAUUCGCAUUUACAGGCGCAUGUACAUAACAAUCACAUUGGUGGUGGCGAUUUCGAUGACGACAUCAGUCGGCAUGUGCAGAAUGCCAUCGACAGCAUUCUAAAUUUGCAAAACAGUGAAUCGGCAGACUCGCUCAACUUCUCGUUGGAUCAUUCGAUGGGCUCACUGCUCGGCGACAGCAUACUUGACGAUCGUCAACAGCAAGCGUCAGUAAAUUGCCAAGAUGGAGUAAAACGUAGGCAUCACCUCGUUGACGAAUUAGGUGAUUGUCUGAUUAGCGGUGGCGGCAGUGGACCAGCGGCGGGCGACAAUGCAAGCCACAUACUUUUGGAUAGCAGUCAACAUCACCACGCACAGCAACAGCAACAGGCCCUACUAAAUCACAAUCAUCAUCAGGGAAUGCAACAAAACAAUCAUCACCAACAACCGCCUCAACUCAAUCACCAUCAGCAACAGCAGCAGCAGCAGCAGCGAACGCAACAGCAGUCGUUGUUGGGCAACGAUUUCAGUUGCGUUGCAGCUGGUCUCGUCGAUGAGGCGGUCAAGUCGAUAAUGACAUCUUGACAACUUACUGCAGCAGACCAGCAACAACAACAAACGCCAGCACCAAAACAACGUGCAGUAGCAAGAAGUACAACUGCAGCAGCAGCAAUAACAGCAAUCACAGCUAGCAACGGUGCAGGCAACAAUCGAAACAAUAUUGUAAACUCAGGGGUGAUAUUAGAGUUCAACGCCAGCGCUUUAUGAGCUGUGCGUCAUAACAGAAAUGCUUAGAAAGACAUGUGCGGCAUAUAGAAUUAUGAGCAAAGGUAGCGCUUGACUGAGCGAAUGUGUGAAGUAAGUAGCACUAUUUGCAGAGAGAGGAAGUAACCUCUGCACGUGCCGCAUGCAAAUAAGAAACGAAAAAGAACAAAGUAGUAAUUGUUUUCUAAAUUUUAUUGUAUGUUUUUUUUUUUGAGAGUGUGGACAUCAACAAUUGCACUCAAAAGUUAUGUAACGAAAAUAUGCUGAGUUUCAAGUUUAAUAUUUGAAAACACUUUCUAAAUUAAGAAAUGUGCGUGCAAAGAUAUCAAUAUUGUUGUUUUAAUAGCAAACAUCAGGACCCCGACAGUCGGGGUCGACACUUACUAUAUGUCCGGCCAAGGAGUGUCACUCCAGCAGCACUCCCCGUACAUGUAUGGGGAAUGUUUUUGCUGCUACAACAAGAACAACAACCCAUAUAUUUUUGUACAAUGCUAAUGGUGUCACAGGCUUU